CUGAGUGAGUUGAUUAUCGAGCAAUGGUGGUAUUAUGACCUCAAGGGUUUGAUACAAAAUCAGUGCAUUAAUUAUUGUGUUGUUUUUCUUCAAAAUCUACUGAAUUAUAUUGCUAAAUGAAACAUCACGCUUCGAAUUUGAUGUUAUGCAACAAACUGUGAUGGCCUGCAGAGGCCUAGUGUGAUUUUCAGCGUAUGUUUUUACUCCAUGGAGUAUACUUUUAGACAUAAGCGGUAGCGAAGAACUGCUUCACUAGUUUUAUAUGCAACACUGAAAGGGAAAACCGCCACAAUGUUGUACAUUUUCCACGUGGACGCUGGUCAGAUGACCAUGUAUGAUAUGAAUCUCACACUACAGAGCGUGGCCAGUCUGAAAGCUGCAAUAGAAAAGAGAACCAAGAUUCCAGCAAACUUAUUGGUUUUGCUAGUGAGUGGGGGUGAGGUCUUGCAGUCAGACCACAUGGUGUCUUCGUACAGUGCUGGCACUGACACCAAUCCUAUCUACAUGUUUAGCAAGCCUUCAGUCAAGGAAAGUCACAUUAAACAGUCAAUAUGCAGCGACUUAAGCCCGAUACCAGAGUUAGAGCCGGAGUUCCGUGGCGACGGGCGCACUACAUACGAGGGCAAGUCCAUCGCAGACCUGGCGUCUCUCGUGGAGAACUGCCGCUCCAAGGGCCCAACUGUCCACACGGUGAUGGCGUGCACUCAACUUGCGGAACAGUUCAGCGACUUGGCACAUGAAGUCUCCAGAAGCUGUGAGCAGCUGGUCCAUGAACAGCAUUUGCAGCAUCAGGGUUGGGCAGCUGUUGUGGCCAAUUUAGAAGACAUAUUCAAUGAGUUCUGCGAGAGGUCUAGAAAUUUCAAGGAGUCAUUCAGAAAACACCGGCUAAAAAAGGACGAGUAUCACGAGAAAUUGAAUGCGCUCAACGAAGUGUUAGAAUCGCUAGGCAAGAUUCCCAUACUACCCGCACUACAGUUGAACGCUGAAGCGCACAGGUUCUCGGCGUUUGACGUGUUCGAAGAGACAGACUUUGAGGGUCACCCAUACCGAGUCAGCCAUCCCCUGGACAACAGUUCGGAGACCAAAACCUGCCAGGACUUUGGCGUGGAAGCCCUGAAGUUGUCUGAGGAAGAAGUAUUCGAAAACAAAGAUGCAUCGUCAUGUAAAGACGUCGUGCACUCUUCAGAGUCUGAGCAGCAAAUCGAAGAGUCGGACGAAGGCGUCACCUUCCAAGCCCAUCUGUACGAGAAAGACGACCCUACGCUACUCCACUGGAUACUGGCCCAGGGAAACAAGGCUUCCUUACAGGAUAUCCUGGACUACUGCCAGAAAGGACUGGCCCUGAUCGACGUAGAACCACUAAAGGAACACGAAGACCAGUUGUGCCACAUCCUUCAGUACGCGAAUGACCACGGUCUCAAACAGAUUCGGGGCAUCGAGGACCGAUUGUUCGGUCUUGACCAGAUCCUCAGCGAGGUCAAGAAAUUGGAGCGAGAUCAACACGACCAGGCCGCUUCUUUGAUACAGACGAACGUGACCAAAGCUCUGCCAGUGAAAAGGUACUCUCGAAUGAAUUCGCAAGAGUUGAUUAAGUACCGCGACCGCCUAAACUCGGCGUUGGACCCGUCAGUGCUGCCAACAUUAGUGCAGUCCCACAUCUGCCAACUUGAGAAGCUUCUGAAGGGCCACCAGACGCUGGUAGACCGACGGCGGCGCAUCGCCAAGUCGAAGGAGGAGCUCUCGCAAGUUUUGCGGGCGAGAUUAGAGGCGGUGCUGAAGAUCGAGAACUCGAUGUCGGUGCAGGACGCGCACGCGAUGCUCUCGUUCCAGUGCUUCAACCGCCUGGAGCGGUACUUCGGCAUCGUGGCGCAGUUGCAUCAAGCGCCCGCGGUGUUCGUACGCGCUGUGCACGAAGUCGCUAGGAGGCGGACGUUCUCGGAGGCGCAUAUAUUGUGGGCAGCAGACCUCGCAGCGAAGCUCUUAAAAAUCCACGACGAGGAGGUCACUCGUCGUCAAGAGUUCAACUCCCUCUUCGACGGACACUUCCUCAAAAGCCUCUUCCCUGGGAUGACGGAUUUACCGCCUAUUUUCGCGACCCAAGUGCCUCCGGAAUUCGACGCGCGACUUCCGAAACUGUCGGACGAAGACGUGGAGUAUAUCGCAACCUCUUUCCCGAAUCUGGCGAAGGACGUGCCUAUUUCUGACAUGGAAUCUGUGGUCAGAUUCUUCAGGCAAAGGUUAAACGCUUCAGAGCAUGAAGAAAAAGAAGCUUAUGUGCAAGUGGACCUUGAUAAAGAUGUAGAAGACGAAACCGAGACGGGCGAGUUCGAGCGACUGAGUGGGCAGUCUUCCCAGCAGAGGAUGCGUCACGAUACCGCCACCAGCUGCGAGAUAGAGACAGCUGCUGCGGCCACGAUUACUGAUGACAACAUGGACACGCAUAAAAUUAAUAUAGACAAACUACAGGAGUUCCUUGUAAAACUGUGUACAUUAUGUAGAGCGAAUAUGGUAUUUAUUAAGGAGGAAUUAGCCAAACUAAAAACAGACGCGGAUGAACAGAAGAACUUUAUUAAAAGUUGGUACUUAGAAAUAGUUCAAGCUUGGGAGAAAAGCAAUCAAGAAAUUGCUCUUCGUCAUCGCGAACAAACACAAAGGCUGACUGUAGACCACGAAUUGGAACUAAGCGAUAUGAAAGCAACACUCACUCAAAAAGACGAGGCAAUAGAAAAUCAAAAGAAAGAGAUGGAAGAUCUAAAAUUAGAACACCAGAAAGAAAUAGAAAAGUUAAACAACGAACACCAAAGUACAAAAGACUUGUUAGAGAAAACCCGACAGGAAGUAGCGGGAUUCGAGAAGAAAUUGGAAGAAAUAGAGGUUCAGAAACAGAAAGAUAUAAAGGAGAUGCAGGAGAAGAUGCACAUGGAUUAUAAGGCUGAAAUAGAAUCAAUGCGAUCAAGGUUCCGUCUAGUAGCACUCACAAACAUGGACCGAUCGCCAUCCGAGUCUAGUUUAGAGAAGAUCGAGCGAACCGACGUCAUCGAGAUAUCGAGCCACAACGCGAUAGUCAUGCAGACGAAAGAGAACGCCGAGGUGGAGAAAGAGGAGGCUGUGAAGGAUGCUGUGACGAAGGCCGAGGCCGAAUGGAAGGCCAAGAUGGAGGCCGAACUCGCCUCGGUCAAGGCUAAGCUAGAAACUGAAAAGCAGACAACGAUAAAUGAAGUGACACGACGUCUGCUGGCUGAGAAGAAUCGUCAGCUUGAUGCGCUUCGGGACCGCGAGCAAGCGUUAGCGCGGGAGUGCAGCAAGUACCGCGACACUAUACAGCAGCUGACCGACCCCGAGACCAACGACUACGACGCCCUGCUCAAGACUCAGUUUGCAACACUGGAGAACGAAAAGGCAGUGUUGCAACAACAAGUCCAGGACCUGAAGAAGGAAUUGGAGAAGAAAGCAGACGACGCUGAAAAGAGCAGGGAUGACGAUAGCGAUGGCAGGUCGUCACCAAAAGAGAAAGAAGGCAAGCGGUCUCGCUCGCGCUGCCACACGCCCUACGGCUUGUCAGCGGGCACGCUAAGCUUGUCGUCGUGCCUGCCCGGGCACACAGUUCUCGUGCUAUGGGAUCCAUCACAUCUUAACUACACAGUAUUGCAGGAAGCGCCAAUAAUGUACUUCGUGCAUAGCGACUGCCUGCCCGCGCUAGACCUCAGUAUACAAGCGAAGAACGAAAGCGAACGUCGUCUUUACGCUAUCGCCACAGUCGACUCUAAGGAGUACUGUUAUGCUAAGAAGAGCGGCAACCGUUUCGGAAUGCCGCGUGGCUCGCGUUUCUACCGCGUGCGAGUGCGGCCCCCACGCACUGCGCCUAUUGCGCAGCCGCCGUGCUGCGAUCACCGCCACAAGCCCGUUGCAGAUGCCAUGCGCGGAAGCGUGCUCGCCGUGUUGGGCGAGCAACGGCCGGUUAAGAAAUGGCUGACCUACAUGCAUGCCCCAGACAUCCAAAAGUCGGUCGAUACAAGUCAGUCGACCAGUUCGAACACUGACGAAGCGAGUCGCGUGGGUGAGGUGGCUACGGCGACUCUGAUCAACCUGGAUUCACCGGUGUCGACCAGCGAGCCGGCUUCCAGUGGGAGCGCUAAUGUGCCCGGGGAAGACCAAUUGGAUUCGAUUGAAGCCAGUGAGCAGUGGCAGACCUCCAAAAUGCAGUUGUCAACUGUCAGCGCAGUAACCGACAUGGAAUGCAGCGUGGGCCGCGUAGUACCAGAACCCCUUGAACUCACCGUAUCAGCAGUCUCUGUAGUGUCGCGUGGAGGUGGUCUUCAAGGCUCCGAGCUGGCUGAAGAGGCCACGCCUUGACACGGUGACCCCUCCCCCGGGGGGUCAAAGGAACCCCUCAUUUAGGGGCCCCGGUCGAAGCCUCUCACAGACAGGUAGCGAAGGAAAUGUACCCUGAUACUUGUAUAUGGCCGGUGGCCUUAUUACUUCUCCCCUUAUUUACUAAAAAAGACAGUCAAAUUGUUUCGUGAUUAUCACACAUUUAAAACGGUGAUAUAAGACUAAUAUACUUUUUAUGAAUAAGGGGGCUAGUAUUAUAAUAAUUAAGUAUUGCGAAUAAAAGAGGGAAUGAAAUAGAAAUCUGUGCACAAGGCAACACUUCACAUUUAUUGAUAUAGCAACACCAGUCUAAGCCAAUCUGUGAGAGGAUAUUUUUAUGUCUUACAAAAGACGAAUUCGUUAUUCGUUCGUCUUAAUUUUUACAAGGGAUCGACGUCAUAUUGAAAUAGAGCCAUUCCGUGUUAUUUGCUUUAAACAACAAAUUAAUAAUGCUGAUGUCUAUUAAAUGAUUUUAAAGGUUAUGUAGGAUAAGAACGAUUGUAAUACCCGAUCGCAGUAAAUAAUACGGGAUAGCUAUAAUAUUAUAUCUUAUUACAUUUGCCUGAUUAUAACAGAGUAUAUUAUUAAAAUCAAUUAUAACGCGUGACUUAUAUUGUAAUAGCCCUUGAGAAAGGAUAUACCUUGUUUGGUGUGUAAAGGGCGAAAAAAUAAUUUUAUUUAGAUCUCCUUCGGGAGCCUUUGGAAAGAUCCAACCCAUCACUUUUAUAAGGAUCACAAAAUAUAUGAUAUUGUUUAAUUAUAGUGUUAGGGUAUUUGUUUUUUAUGUCAAAUACACAUUACAAGCAUUAUAGCUUUACUAAUGUCUUACUAUAUUAUUUUAUUUUUAAAUGCACGGACCCGUUGAGAAGUUUUUACCUUACAAUUUCUUUUAUAUAUAACUCAAAUACCCUAUGAUAGGUACAUAUCGGUCAAAUAACGAGUAUAUUUACUUUAUUAUAUCGCAUACUAUUUGUAUGAGUAAAUUAUUUUUUACUUUCCGAGCAUUAUUCCACCUAUUCGAUGUCUUCCAGGCUUUACAUUUAUACAUGAUGUAUUUCAAAAUUUAAAAAGUUAUGCUUGCUCGGAAUCGGGUAUAAUGUUCCUUGCCCUUCAGUAUCCGACAAAAAAUACAUUUGGCUUAUAAAAACAUUGAUUUAAAAUAGAAAUGGCCAAAAGAGUUUCGAUAUUUCGAAACUAUCUUUCUCCUUCUUCACGUCAUGUAAUCUAAAAAGAAAAAUGUGUUUAUGAGGUUGAACUCAUAGUUAGUAUACUAUUUUUGGCGGGUACUGUUUAAAUGCUUGUUUCAUGAAGUUUAUUUACAUCAAUAUUCAUGAUAACAACAAAAAAUUAAACCCAAAAGAACUCUUCAUUUAGAUGUUAUACUUGAUCUUUAUGAUGUUAGUUUUCGAGAAGUCGCCGUGACUUCGCUUCGAUAUUUCGAUUGGACAGUGAUUUUUCUCUAUAGUACAAAUUAUUUAGUCGUCUUAAAAGCUUUAUAGGAAUUAUAUUUUGAUCUAUUUCAUAUUUAUUAUUAUUUCUAUACAGUAGUUGUGUUGUGUUAUAUUUUAGUUGGUCUUAAUGAUUUAUUUCAACAGAUUUAGCGUUACAUUUUAUAAUAUUAUAAUUUCACCUAUAAAGCAUUGGUGAUAUAAUUUAGACAAGCACAAAAUUGAUUGCAUGAGAGAAUAAAUUAUAAGUUAGCUUCGUCCGUAACUUCAGGAGAAGUAUAAUAAUAGCAGGAGUUUAUAGUUGUAGGUGAAAUGCAGGACUCGUGAGUAAUUUAAAUACAGGAUGGGAGAAAUAGAUUGUCAACAACAACAAGAAGAAUACUGUAAUAAAUGAAGAAAAAUUUGUAUAAAACGCAUAAAUUUAUAGUGACAACGAAUUCGAGAUGAUGGCUUUGAUUUUUUAAUAAGUUUUCUUCUCUGCACCCUGUAUUAAAUAAGGUAUCGUAUCUGGAGGUUGAAAGACAUUUCGUCAAUUUAAAGUUACACUUAAAGUAUUAACGAGUUACAAUUCACGGGUCCUGUAUUUGGCCUUUGCAAUAGGAUGUGUUUAGACAUUUAACACGUGCUUGGUAAUAACUGGGCGUGGUUAAAACAGCACUCUAUGACGAAUCCAAUCGACUUUGAAAUGUAUCGUUUUAAGAUUCAAAUUCAAUUGAGGGAAUCCACCGUUUUAUAUGUUGUGAUCAUUGUAAAGAAGUACAACGUUUGAAAUAUUCGUUUAGAGAGUGCAUGUGCACAGUGCAAGUGACAUUACGUUUUGUAGAGCGUUUUUUUCCACGCGCCUACUUAUUAUCGAGUUCGAUACCCAAUGCGUCUUUAGAGUCGCAUGCUUAAUGUUUCCCUACCUACCUGUAAGUCUACUAUCUUGAUACCUAAGUCAUAGUGAUUAUUUAGUGGAACUCCAGUUCUUCGUCUUAGGAAUUUCUCUUUAGGCUUCAGCAAUGAUAACGCUUAACACUCGAUCUCGAUUUAAUAACUCGACGAAUCCCUUUACUCCUAAAGAUUUGACACUAGCUAAUAGUAUUAGUGCUCUUCAUAGAUCUUUUGAUGAUAUCCAACUUUCCUCGGAAUUAGAAUUUAACGUGUCCCAAUCUAAGUAUUCUAACAUCCAUUAAAAUAGAAAGUAUUGAAACAGUUGUGAUUAGAACUGAUAGCACACCCAUUUGCGUCCGGUAAAUCGUUAGCGUUUCAGACUAAUUGGUAAACACGUCUGUCGAAGCGCAAAUUGAUGUUGUGUUAAUUAAGACAUGAGAGCAUCGCUUCGUGUGAAAUUUUUUUGUGGCCUUAUUAUAAGUGGCGCCCAACGUGGGGCUACCAGUGCCACCGACCUCGUUUCUGCGGAACCCGAGUGUAAAGAAAUAAGGUUAGUGGCACCGUACUCGGCGACCCGCCGACUGCUGUGAUAGUGCGUGCUGUGCUCUCCUCGACUCCCAACGAAUAGUUUUGUAAGUACAAAACUUAUAAAAGCAAACUAAUUUUAAUUAAUAUUAGGGCCUAUUGUUAAGAACGUAAUUCACAUGUUACACUAAAAUUAAGUCUUGUUUUGUACUGAUAAAACUGUUCGUCGUAUUCGGCUCAAGCGGUAUUCGGCGAUCGAAGUUUUUUCGUGAAUUCGAUAUUGAUUUUCGUUGUCAUAGUUAGGAUUUCAGGUUAUAGAGUAAGUGUGGUGGGAUGGCUUGCUGGAGCUUGAUUAUGGCUUAAUCUGGGGGUGGGGAUUAAUGUUAAUGGAUCCUGUUAACCUGACUAUGGCGACUCGCAAUCAAUAUUGAUACUCGAUCAGUCGAAUGAGUGGGAAAACCUCGGGCACGAGCGAUCGUUGCGACUCGUGUCUCGGCGGAGGUUAGCCACUACUGAAAGAUUCGUGUAUUGUUAAUGUAAAUAGUUGUCGAUGAGCUAA